GUCCUUGCGAAGAAGCGGGCAACUUCAUUCUCCUUGAUCACAUUUCACAUUGAUCUCUGUUUCUUUCUCUUUCUUUCACCGAACUGAAGAAGAGAGAAGAAGAGAGAGACAGAAACAACGUUUUGGAUCAAAACGACUUGCGUUUUGGGUUGUUGCAUUGUAGAAGAAGAUGGAUCAAAUAUUCAACAAAGUUGGAACCUAUUGGUUCAACCAGAAAGCCAAUAAUCAGCUUAAUUCCGUCGGUGAUGAUCUCAAUUCAAUCUCAGAAAGUAUCGAAGGGGGAACCAAAUGGUUGGUCAACAAAAUAAAAGGAAAGAUGCAGAAGCCAUUACCAGAGUUGCUAAAGGAGUAUGAUCUACCAAUAGGAAUCUUUCCUCGUGAUGCAACAAACUACGAAUUCAACGAAGAGACAGGAAAGCUUGUAGUCUUCGUUCCUCAAGUCUGUGAAGUAGGCUACAAAGACUCAUCAGUCUUGCGUUUCUUCACCACCGUGACCGGUUAUAUGGAGAAAGGAAAGCUAGCAGACAUAGAGGGAAUGAAGACGAAAGUUAUUAUUUGGGUAAAAGUGACAACCAUUUUCUCCGAGGGAUCGAAGCUCUAUGUGACAGCUGGCAUGAAGAAAACAAGGAGUAGGGAAGCAUAUGAGGUUACAAGAGAUGGUGUAACUGUAGAUAAGUUCUAAAACUUUCACAUGAUAUUGUUAUUAGUUUUACAAUCUGUAAAAGCCUUUGUUGUUUUAUAGACUAUUUUGAGUCUCCUUUUGAUUGGUUCGGUGGUUAUUUAUAAGUAGUAAAUAUGUAUGUAUUUCAGAAACUGACCUUUGGAAAUUGGGUUACAAUUUGUGAUUUGAUGAAAGUGAAAGUCUCUUUGGUACUUGUUGAUGAUUAUGAUCAAGUAAUUUUUUCUGUGUGGGAGUUCACAUUUCACUAA